AUUGGAGCGAUGACUAAAAUGCCACAGCCCUAAAAUUUUGCGAUUUUUGGCAGCGUUCGUGUGUAGUAUUUUACAAGUGAAUCGGUUGAUAAACUAAUAUCAUGUCUCUUCAGUCAGUAUUAUCUAUUCCUGGAAAGCGUUCUACUGGAUCAUCUGUCAGAACCGAAAAUGUUAUUGCUGCCAACUCAGUGGCAAAUAUUCUCAAGAGCUCCCUUGGACCUGUGGGGUUGGAUAAAAUGAUUGUGGAUGAUGUUGGGGAUGUGACCGUUACUAACGAUGGUGCCACAAUCCUGAAGCUGCUCGAGGUUGAGCAUCCUGCUGCCCGCGUCCUGGUGGAGCUUGCACAGCUGCAAGAUGAUGAGGUUGGUGAUGGAACCACGAGCGUUGUUAUCAUUGCUGCUGAGCUUCUCAAAGCUGCUGAUGAGCUUGUGAAACAGAAAAUCCAUCCAACUUCUAUUAUUGCUGGAUACAAACUUGCCUGCAAGGAAGCUUGCCGGUAUAUCCAAAACAAUUUGACCAUCAGCACAGAUGAACUUGGCAAGGACUGUGUUGUGGCUGCAGCACGCACCACCAUGUCCUCCAAGGUGGUGAGCGUGGACAGCGAGUUUUUUGGACAGAUGGUGGUUGACGCUGCAACAGCUGUGCGCGUGAGUGACGGUAAAGGGGGCAGCAAGUACCCCAUCAAGGCAGUCAACAUCCUCAAGGCUCACGGACGUUCAGCUCGCGAGUCUGUCUUGGUUGAUGGCUAUGCUCUGAAUUGCACCAUAGCAUCACAUGCCAUGACAAAGAAGAUCAUUGGAGCCAAGAUCGCGUGUUUGGACUUCAACUUGCAGAAAGAAAAAAUGAAGCUCGGCGUGCAUGUUCUGCUGAGCGACCCUGACAAGCUCGAUGCCAUCAGACAGCGAGAGGCUGACAUUACAAAGGAACGCAUUAGCAAGAUUCUGAAGGCUGGCGCAAAUGUUGUCCUGACAACGCAAGGUAUUGACGAUUUGUGUCUCAAGUAUUUCGUGGAGGCGGGAGCCAUGGCUGUGAGACGUGUCAAGAAGGUCGACAUGAAGCGUAUCGCUAAAGCGACGGGCGCAACAUUGCUGACCACCCUGUGUAACCUGGAGGGUGAGGAGACCUUCGAGACCUCUUACUUGGGAGAAGCUGCUGAAGUUGCCCAGGAGCGAAUCUGUGACGAUGAACUCAUCCUUAUUAAGGGCCCGUCAGCGCGCAGUGCUGCGAGCAUCAUCCUGCGUGGCCCCAACGACUUCUACUGCGACGAGAUGGAGCGCAGCAUCCACGACGCCCUGUGCGUGGUGCGGCGCGUGCUGGAGAGCAGCAGCGUCGUGUGCGGUGGAGGCUCCGUCGAGGCUGCCCUCUCAGUCUACUUGGAGAACUUUGCCACCACACUCAGUUCUAGGGAGCAGCUGGCCAUUGCUGCGUUCGCACAGUCGCUGCUGGUGAUCCCCAACACGCUGACGGUGAACGCCGCCAGGGACGCCACCGAACUCGUGCCUAAACUGAGGGCCUUCCACCACUCCUCUCAAGUCAAGGCUGAGCACAAGAAACUCAAGUACUUCGGCCUAGACCUCAUGGAAGGUACCGUCCGUGACAACCGAGAAGCCGGUGUGUUCGAGCCUGGCAUGAGCAAAAUCAAGCAACUGAAAUUCGCGACUGAAGCAGCCAUCACAAUCCUGCGCAUAGACGAUAUGAUCAGGCUGGAGCCCGAGCAGAAGGAAGAGAGCCACUACCAGAACGCCCGCAGACAGGGGAUGCUCUAGAAAUCGAUGUUGCCUUAACACCUUGGCCUAACAUUAAUCUGCACUAACCUCUUAAUAAAGCUGUGAACUCGACUCUUAUUUCUUACUUGGGAUCUGUCCUGUAUUCUUAACAAAAAAGCAGUACUGUAAGCAACGAAACCAGUGACAUUCUAGUAGUAAUGCUUUUCUACCUCGCUUUGAAACUAUUGAAGUCCCUUGUGAAAUUUCAGGCAUCAAUACUGUCGUAUAAAAAAUUUUCAUCGUAUGAAAUUGAUCGAUAACACUAUCAUCUUGCUAUGUCGGUGCCUCGCUCCGUAAGAUGUCUCUCUGAAGAUCUAUAUUAGCUGGAAUUUGACGUAUUUGUUAUACUUAUAUGAUAUUAAAUCAACAAUAUUGCUCCAUCGCCUUCACAUUUAUAUCUAUUAACAUUGUUCUGAUAUUGUUAAACAAUUAACUCUUCUCAUUAAUGUCUGCUUUGAUAUCGUUUAUAUCGGUCCAAAAUCCACAUCUCAAUGAUAUCGUGGGAGCGACAGUGGAAGCGUUGAGUGCAUGUCAUAAGCCUGCAUAAUUAAUGAAGUUGACCUCGCUGUCGAAUCUAUUGUUGGAGUCCU